AAACGGUCCAACUCACUGCUUUGGUAUUCUCCUCCUUGAUCCGAUCUUAUUGAUUUCGGACACGACCGCAUAGUUAACGUAGGACUACAAUAAUUUUAUAUUUUUAUUUUGAAGCUAUGUUUGAUUUCAGCUCGUUUUACUUUUAUAAUUAGCUUGAUUUAUUUUAACAAAUUAAAGAUCAACAUCUUCCAAAAGGAAGGUUGUUCGCAUCACCGGGCAUCAACCGUAGACGGUAAAAUUGGCGAGUACCGUUUCGCACGAAACGAAAACAAAACAACGCAAAUGAAAAAUAUGCCAACACGCUCAUCUGUCAUGGAUAGAUCGACAACGGAAACUGACUAGCAGGAGAAGAGGAAAAAGAAAAACAUAAACAAAGUUUUUCGCUAUAUCAAGCUAACGUGAUUUUUAUCAACUAUUUAAUUAUAAACUUUCGGGAUUAUAAUAAGUGUUAGGAGUGAAGAGGUGAAAAUCUCGGUGAACCUGGUUGGUCUCGACACCUUUUCGUAGCACACUUUAACCGAAGAACCGGAUCGGACCGUAAUGAAAAAUAGAAUAAAUAUCCUUUGAUUGAGGACCUGUUGAAACACUGCGAUUGACCAUCCAGAGUAGUACCGUAACGUCACGUAGACUGGUACGGUGAUUGAUUGAAAAAUAAGCGGGAAAGGAGUAUACAGUAGAAAGAGUUCAGGAAGGAAGUAUCGUAAGGAAGGAGGAGACUAUUUGAUUUUUGAGCCACUCCAAAAGUGCAGCUUUGAAAAAUUUAGUCAUCCGAACAUUCUCAAAAAUCAAAUAACGAGAUUUCGGAGGCCUCAACCACGAUGAGAAGCAAAUCCCUGGACUUGACUGCUGCCCCCUGCGAACAAUGUGGACAAAUUUCGACGGAGAAUGAGGCUAUGAUUGCCUGUGAUAACUGCGACCGCUGGUAUCACACGCGCUGCGUGGGUGUAAAUACGGUGCCGAAAAAGGACAAGAAGUGGUUCUGUCCGGAUGCGUCGUGCCAAGCAGUUUGUCAGGAAAAGCUGAAAAAGACCCGUGAGAAAAAAAAAUGCCACUCCCAUUCCUCCAACCGUCGCCGAAAAAGCUGAAAGCUAUGGAAGCGGAAAGGAAACGUAAGGAGGAGGAAAUGGAAGCCGAAUGGUUGAUCAAGCAGAAGGAGUUGGAAAUCAACAACGCACUGAAGGAGAAGCAAAUGCACCUAGAGCGAAUGUUACGCGAAAAGCAGCUGGAAGCCGCCAGGGACUUGCGCGAAGUGGAAAUGGAGGAAAAACGUACGCUAUUCGAAACGGAAUUGCGGGAAAAACGAAUGCACUUCGAGCAAAUGAAGGCGAUGGAAGACGAGCAUCGCGAGAAAAUCUCCGAGCUGGAAAGGCGUAUGGAGAAGAUAGAAGUACAGGAAAAGUCGAAGAUUAAAAAUCAGAAACCCACAGGCCAAGACGACCAAGCAACUACCUCGAAGCAGUCUCCGGAGGGUAUAAAGCCUGGCAAGCUUACGAAGGAAAAUCUCGAUCGCCUCGAGAAUAUCAACAGUGGUGUCGAGAGUGAUGAAGACGAUUACAGCUCCGAUGAUUCCGAUGACGACGACGAGGAAAAAACCGUCGACUUGGAAGGCGAUAGGAAAAGCCAGAUCAGCUCUCAAAACGGACAGAGGCACCAGCGUGCCGGGCCGAGUAAAGCCCAGUUGAGCGCCAGGAAUGGGCUCACUAGAAAACUUCCCACCUUUACCGGAAAACCGGAAGAGUGGCCUUUGUUUUUCGGGGCCUACCAAGCGUCAAACGAAGCUUGUGGCUAUUCGGAUGUAGAGAACUUGGUGAGACUCCAGGAAAGCUUAAAGGGUGCUGCACUCGAGUCGGUUCGCGGACAACUACUGCUCCCUAAAUCGGUUCCGAGGGUAAUCGCGAAGCUGCGACAGCUUUAUGGCCGCCCUGAGCAACUGCUUCAAAACCAUCUCGAGAAGGUUCGUAAGUUGGAUUCGCCGAAAACCGACCAGUUGGCCAGUUUUAUCCCCUUCGGAAAUGCAGUAGAGCAGCUCUGCGAGCAUUUGGAGGCUGCUGAGCUCACACUGCACCUUGUGAAUCCAAUCCUGAUUCAGGAUUUGGUCAAUAAGCUUCCGGACGGAGAAAAGCGACAGUGGUUGCACUACAAACGGAAGAAGAAGGAGGUGACGCUGCGAACGUUCACGGAUUUCAUCUCCAAGAUUGUGUCCGAUGCAUGCGAGGUGAACGUCAACUACGAUUACAAGCCGGACACCAAAGCUGCAGUUGGUACAAGUGCAAGAUCCAAGCCGAAGGAGAAAGCUGCUCUAUACAGCCACAGCGAGGCGAACGAGUCCCACGGGCGGAACGAUCGGAAGAUGCAGAAGCCGUGUAAAGCGUGCAAACUAGACGACCAUCGGCUAAGGUUCUGCCAGGACUUUAAAAAUAUGCCCUUUGCGGAUCGAAUGAAGAUCGUGAGCAAAUGGAAACUGUGCAAGGUCUGUUUGAAUGAACACAGUGGGCAAUGUCGUUUCAAGAUUCGGUGCGACGUCGAUGAUUGCGGAGAACCGCACAAUCCACUGAUUCAUCCGGCCACAACGGCAGUUGCCAUGCACGCACACAUCAAACCCAGCGGUACCAUGAUGUUCCGAAUGAUCCCAGUUAUGAUUCACUGCGGAGAAAGAUCACUGGCUGUGCUUGCGUUCCUAGACGAAGGAGCUUCCAUCACGUUGAUAGAGACUGAGUUGGCUGAUCGUUUGGGGCUAGGCGGAGUGAAGGAAAAUCUAGUGCUUAACUGGACGGCGGACGUUUAUCGUGUAGAAAAGAACUCCAGACGUAUGAACCUGUGGACUUCCGCUGCUGAUGAGGAGAAUGCGGAGAAGACUUUGCUGCGGUCAGUGUAUACGGUCGACAAGCUGAGACUACCACACCAGACACUCAAGGCUGACGAACUAGUGGCGCAGUAUGACCAUAUGCGGGGAUUGCCGAUCAGUUCAUAUGAAGGUCGACCAGGAAUUCUGAUAGGGCUCAGCAACAUUCACGCCUUCGCUCCUCUGGAAGCGAAGAUUGGCACUACGAGUGAGCCGAUCGCAGUACGGUGCCAACUCGGCUGGACAGUGUACGGGCCACGACGAGUAUCGCCUGAGUCGCAGGGCAGCUAUCUGGGAUACCACCAGCAGGUCUCUAACGAAGAUCUUCACGAUCUACUCAAAUCCCAUUAUGCACUUGAUGAUUCCGUAGUACGGGUGCACCGAGAAUCAGCUGAAGACAAAAGGGCUCGGUCUAUAUUGGAGCAAACCACGAAGCGCGUAGGGAACCGUUUCGAGACGGGACUCCCUUGGGCCAAGGAUGACGUUAGCUUCCCGGACAGCUACCCUAUGGCACUGAAGCGGCUAAUGCAGUUGGAGAAAAAGCUGGAAAGGUCACCAGAGUUAUAUCGAAACGUUCGGAACCAGAUCGACGAGUAUCAAGCUAAAAAAUACGCCCAUGAAGCCACCAAAGAAGAACUGCGCCCUGCAGAUCCCGAGAGGACAUGGUAUCUCCCGCUAAAUGUAGUCCUGAAUCCGAAGAAACCGGGAAAAAUCCGACUCAUCUGGGACGCGGCCGCGACGGUCCAAGGAAUUUCCCUUAACUCAAUGCUGUUGAAAGGGCCGGACCUACUAGUGCCGCUUAUGUCAGUGCUUCUCAUCUUCCGGGAGCGGCGGAUCGCUUUCGGAGGAGACAUCCGUGAGAUGUACCAUCAAAUGGAGAUAAUCGCGAAAGAUAAGUCAGCUCAACGAUUCCUGUUUCGAAACAACAGAGCAGAAGAACCGAAAGUGUACGUGAUGGACGUCGCUACGUUUGGCUCAACGUGCUCGCCUGCGUCAGCACAGUACGUCAAGAAUCGGAAUGCAGAGGAACAUGCCGGGCGGUUUCCGGAAGCAGCAGCGGCCAUCAUUAAGCGGCAUUAUGUCGAUGACUACUUCGACAGCGUCGACACGGUUGAGGAAGCGGUAGAACGAGCGAAACAGGUGAGGAUCAUCCAUAAGCAAGCCGGGUUUGACAUUCGGAAUUGGGUGUCAAAUUCACCUGAGGUCCUGACUGCGUUAGGAGACGCUAAAGCUGGGGGAUCAGUCGUUUUCAACCAGGAUAAGCAGGAGCACAACGAACGGGUACUCGGGAUAAGCUGGGAGCAAGAAGCGGAUGCGUUUGCCUUCUUCGUAACCUCCCGACCGGAGAUGCAAGCUUAUUUUGGCGGUGAAAAGCGGCCUACGAAGCAAAUCGUUCUCAGCUGCGUUAUGGGCUUCUUCGACCCUUUGGGGCUACUGUCUCCAUUUACAAUCCAUGGGAAGAUGCUCGUCCAACAUCUCUGGCGAAGCGGUUGCGAAUGGGACCAAGAAAUUGACGAUUGUGGCUGGAACCUUUGGCAGCAGUGGAUUGGAUUGCUUCCGGAAGUCGAAGCAUUACGAAUUCCAAGAUGUUAUCUGGGUGAUGCUGAAUCUUCGUCGGUGGAGUCCCUCGAGCUACACACUUUUUCGGACGCGAGCGAACAUGCUUAUGGUUGCGUGGCAUAUCUACGGUCGGUCGUCGAUGGAGAAGUGAACUGCAGUCUGGUCAUGUCUCGUGCAAAGGUAGCGCCGCUUAAGCGUCAGUCGAUUCCCAGGUUGGAACUGAUGGCUGCCGGCCUCGGAGCACGAAUGAGCCAAACUUUCCUGGAAACCACUACGCUGGAUAUCGAUCGCACCAUACUGUGGACCGACUCCCGAACUGUACUGUCGUGGCUUCAGUCAGAUCAGUUCAAAUACAAACAGUUCGUCCCUUCAAAGUGGGGGAGAUACUGGAAGUAACCAACAUGAGGGACUGGCGAUGGGUACCAACUAAACAGAACAUCGCGGAUGUGCUCACGAAAUGGGGCCGUGGACCUCCGUUGCAAAACGAUUCGGAUUGGGUGAAUGGUCCGAAGAUGCUGUUUCUACCGCCCAACCAGUGGCCCAUUAUCGAUCAACUCGAGGAAACUACCGAAGAGGCAAGAGGUUUAGUGACGUUCCAUGAAGUGGUCAACGUGAGUGCUGUUUCUCGAUGGACGAAACUGGUGCGGGUAACCUCUUCAACAAGAAGAGCUUCGACUAGCAGAUAAUCCUUUGGAAGCAGUCGCAAUUCGCCAGUUUUCCGGCUGAGAUGAAUAUACUUACAGCAAAUCUCGAGCUAGAAGCGGGUGAACCACCGAAGAAAAUCGAGGAAUCCAGCAUUCUGUACAGACGUUCUCCAAUCCUGGACACUGAAGGGGUGCUGCGAGUACGAGGAAGGAUAGAGUCCAAUGAAGCGAUCCCGUUCGACAAGAAAUUCCCUAUCAUCCUAUCGGGGAAACAAGAGAUAACGCAGAAGCUAAUUCUACAUUACCACGAAAAAUACGGUCAUGCUUACAGGGAGACCGUGUUCAAUGAGCUCCGUCAGAAAUUCUGGAUCCAGAACGCACGUACAGCGAUUCGACGAGCGACCGAGGCAUGUGUGUGGUGCAAGGUGAAUCGAUGUGUUCCGGCUGCUCCCUUGAUGGCACCGUUACCCGUUCAACGCACCACUUCUCAUCUUCGACCAUUUAGUGCAGUAGGUGUCGAUUAUUUAGGACCAGUAGAGGUAGCCAUAGGUCGGCGGAUAGAGAAGAGAUGGGUAGCGGUUUUUACGUGCAUGGCUGUGAGGGCUGUGCAUUUGGACGUAGUGUACAGUUUAAGCUCGCAGUCUUGCCUGAUGGCUAUCAGACGUUUCUCGAGCAAGCGAGGCACUCCCGAUCACAUAUUCUCCGACAACGCUACGUGUUUCCAUGGAGCGAACACCGUGAUGACCAAGGAGAUCGAGAAGAUCCACAAAGAGUGUGCGGAAAGGGUCACUUCGUCCAUCACAGCCUGGCAUUUCAACCCUCCCGGUACACCACACAUGGGCGGUGUCUGGGAGAGGAUGGUACGGUCCGUCAAAGAAGCUUUGAGGGUCCUGGAUGACGGGCGGAGGUUUUUUUUUCUAUUCUCGCUUAUUUUCCGUCGGUCUAGUUCCGCCACUGUUGUGGCCAAUCACCGACGCCCAGGGAGGCGACUCCACACCCAGGACCCUAACUCACGACCCGUUUUUAUUAACGGACCGGCGCCAACGGCUUUACUUCCUCAUGCGAUGGAAGGCGUGAUCCCAGAGAUUUUUCGCCUCAGAAAAUCUCCCGGUGUCGGCUAGGAUUGAAUCUAGACCAGUUGGGUUGGUUGUGAGUGGAUUACGCCACCUCACAACCAUCGACACCUAUGUCGGCGGUGGGAUUCGAACCCAGGCGUCGAGCGUGGUUGGCGGAGACGUUACCAACCACACUAGGCCCCCGCACGGGCGGAGGUUGACUGAUGAGAUUCUCAUCACGGCCUUGGCAGAAGCUGAGGAUUUAAUCAAUACCCGACCACUCACUUAUAUUCCACAGGAGUCCGCCGAUGAAGAAGCUCUAUCACCAAACCAUUUCAUCCGUGGAACAGUGACCAAAGAAGGCGCAGUUUUGGACAACCCGGAUCAAUAUUAUGAAGCUUUGCGCAACAUGUAUUACCGAUCGCGGGGCCUGGCCAGAAAAUUUUGGGACCGGUGGUUCGAGGACACGAAGCCACUGGAAGUCGGAGAUCUAGUCUUUCUGGUGGAAGGCAAGAACCGGAAGUAUUGGAGACGAGGACGCGUACAGGCAGUCGUAAAGGGAGCCGAUGGAAGAAUACGACAAGCGGAAGUAAGAACAGCGGAUGGCAAAGUGUAUCGACGAGGCGUGGCUACUCUGGCGGUGAUGGAGAUACAGGAUGGUAAAUCCGGAAGUACAGAAAGCUCUAGAAAAUGUAUAUUCACAGAAAAUUUGAAAUUGACAUAGAAUUUUAUGAGCAUGUUAACAUUCAAUUCAGGUCAAUUUAAACAUUUUAUCAGUAUACAGAAUCGAUCAGAAAAAAAUUGAUCAGUUUCAAGAUAUCAAAGAACAACGAAGAUACCAUAUUUGAAAGUUAUAUGUCUGUUAUCUUCGAAAAUAAAUUGGGUUAGAGUGAUGCACAACAUUAGCCUCAGCAAUUGAUGUUUGCAUAGCGUUGUUCAAUUACAAAUAUGGUUACGAAAAGUUAUAUUUUCUUGCAAAUGCUAAUUCAAAAAAAAUGUCGUUAAUGUCGGAACUCUAAUAUCAAGAUGAAAUGAAUUUGGUUUUCCUCUAUACCGCCACCGCGGGAUGCAACUAGUAUUGUCAUAUUGGACUAAAUUCAUUUAGCUAGUAAAAUAUAAUCAUCAGUACAGCUCGUUUAACUACCUAUUCAAAGAUCUGUACGGCGCAUUUUGGUUUUCUAUUGUCUUUUAAAUUAUUAUAUAUUCAGUUAUUUAAAUAAAUCUGAAAAAAGCAGAGUGUAGAGCUCAAAAACAAACAACGCAUUUUGUUGUCCCCGGCGGCGCAGCGUAUUUUGCGGCACCCGAAAAAUCAUAUUAAAUUCUGAUAUUUGCUGCUAUACGAAACAAGAAGAAGAAGACAAAUCAAACGGCAAUUCGAUUGUGCUCCACGCCCCACUGUGCGUCAACAGCGGCAAUGUAGUUUUCACUUGGUUUGACUGCACAAAAAUGAAUAUCGAGUUUUUUGCACUGAUAGACGACGAGUAAUCAGCGCUCUGCUCAUACAUUGCUCGGUGCAGUACUGUUGCCUGUGCCAUAUUCUCCUUCAAGACAACAGUUUCAUUAACAUCAACAUAUUUGUAAACAGCAGAACGUAAUACUGUCUGACAGUGAAGGUGGUUACGAACUUUCCGAAAAAGCUUCACCUUCAAGACAUCAAAAUAGUCUAGGCUCAUGGAAGCUAACAUUAGUUGACCUAUUGGGACGGGGAGAUUCUGUCAACUUUUUUUGCCACUGCUAUACAGGAUAUCGCAGCAGGCAGUUGGUGUCUAUUCAUGAAGUCUGUGCCAGGCGUGCUCGCAUAUGAUUGGUACAUUGUUCGUGAAAAUUCGACCUUGAAACUUUUAUUCAAUUUUCACUAUUUAACAAUGAAAUGAUAAUGAAAAUUGAAGAAUCACAAAAUUGUCCAUCAUUUUAUCAAUCCAACGACAUAUUGAUUAUUGUGAUCCAUCAUGUUGUUACAUCAGUAUAACCGUUUGAAAUCUUUCAUUCCGACGUUACAAUUUGGUUUUAUUUCGACAUAGUGGGGUUAGACGUAGUCCUACGUCAAAAUUUACAAAAUUCUUGAUGCACUCUGUUGUUUCGGACUUGCAACGUAGAAAGAAAACCCACGAGUAACGGCUAAAGUCGUCAAUUAUUGUGAGAAAAUAUCUAGCGCCUCCUGGAGAUUCCGUCUUCAUUGGUCCGCAAAGAUCACUAUGUACAAGAUCCAGUGUGCCUUUUGAUUGCUUCUCCGCUUUCUUGGGAAAUGGUAACCUUGCCAUCUUCCCUUGUAUACAACAUUCACACUUUAUACGUAUUCCGCAAUCUCGUAUCUUGAUGCCAUUUGCCAGAUUUUCACGUUCUAAUGCACGAAUAGCUUCUGGGUCCCUGUGGCCAUGUUUUCUAUGCCACUGAUGUAAACAAUCAGAAAUAUGAUUAUUUUCCAAUGCUGCUUGCGCCUUCUCAACGGUCUUCAGAUGGUAAAGUCCUUCAAAGAAAAUAGCCUGUGCAACUGUUUUUUUUUUUCACAUACGAUGCUGCAUCCUUUAUGAUCGAAAAUAACUUUUCUACCAGUCUGACAGAUUUUUCCAACGGAUACCAAGUUUGCUGCAAGAUCCGGUAUAAACAGCACUUUUGACAGUAUUAUUCUGAUGACAGCAUCGUUUGCUCCGAUACAACUAAUACUACAUGAUCCGAUUCCAGCUGCCAUCUGCCAAGACAACGAAUGACGGAGUGUCAGCAUCCGGGUUCAAUAUUUCUUCAAAAAAUUGUUUAUUAGCACUCAUAUGUGAGCUAGCACCAGAAUCAAUAGUCCAGUUUUAUAUGUCGAUAUCACCUGGCCCUGCAGCAAACAAGUAGGCUUCUGAACCUUCCACUGCUACUUUGGCUUUCUCACCUGUUCUAGGCUUUGACGAAUUCCUUUUAUCAGCUUCCAUUGAUUCUCGCAUCAACAGCUUACAGUAUUUCGUUUUCUUGCAAUAAUGACACACAAUUUCCCUGUUUCUCGUUUUUUGAUUAUCUGCUUGAAUGUUAUUGACAGCAGGUUGUUUUGAAUACCUGCGCUGUCUGGAAGAAAUAAUUUUUGACCUAACAGGACAAUCAAUGAAAUUUGAUUUGUGUUUACCCCCUCAAUUUACACAUUUGAAAUCAUCAACACCAGCCUUUCCUGUAGCUAGUGUAUCUGUAGGUAUUAUUUCAAAUUUAGAAAACAACCAAUUGAAAACAAAUAAUCCUGUUUAGGUACCACCAGGCUGUUCAUAUGCUAGUGUCCUUUCAGGCAAAAUUUCGAAUUCAAACAGCAACAAGCCUUUCGUGUUUGGUGCUGAAAAGUCAGCCAGUAUUGAUUUAGGUAGUCCAACUCCCGAGAAGAUUGACUACCUACAACAAUCCAUGCUGCAGCUAAUGUCCGCUUUGUUGAACUGUAACUCGAUGUACGAGGCUGUUCAAGAAGGUUUAAAAUUGACAACUAAUAUUGUUAUGAAAUUGAAACUCAGCAAUGAAUUUAAAUAAUGCUGUAAAUUUUCUAAAUUGGAAUGCUCGCUCUUUAAAAGCGAAAGAAAAUGUUUUUUUUUAAUUUUUCAACAGUCCAUGGUGUGCAUAUUGCAGUUGUGACUGAAACGCUUUUAAAGCCUAACAUUAAACUAAAAAGAAACCCCAACUAUAUAGUUCACAGGUUCGAUAGAAUUGAUGUUGCCGGAGGUGGAGUUGCAAUAGUUAUCCACCAUCGAAUCAAACAUCGUGUUAUGCCCCAUCUUGAAACGAAGGUUACUGAAAGUUUGGGAAUUGAAAUCGAAACAGUUAUUGGUAUUUUAUUUAUAGCCGCAGUGUAUUUACCUUUUCAAUGCACUGGUGAGCAGAAAAAUCAUUUCAAGGGAGAUUUACAAAAACUCACGAGAAAUAAAUCUAAGUUUUUUAUCAUCGGUGAUUUUAUUGCAAAACAUCGAUAAUGCACAAAGCAAUUCCAAUGGAAAAACAUUGUAUAACGAAUGCUCGGCUGGAUUUUAUUAAGUUUUAUUUCCAAAUGCUCCUACAUGUUUUUCUUCUGUACGGAAUCCAUCGACAAUUGAUUUGGUAUUAACAAAUCAAAGUCAUUCAUGCAGUGAUUUGUUAACUCAUGCUGAUUUUGAUUCUAGUAAUCUUCCUACAACUUUUUCCAUAUCCCGUGAAACUAUUUUAAAUUUCACUAGGUCUGUGUUUAAUUAUCACAAGGUCAUUUGGGAUCGAUAUCGUACCACGAUCGAAGAAAGCUUGAAUUGUGAUAUUGUUCUACAACACAGUGCUGACAUGGACGGAGCAUUGGAUGAUUUGUGCAGUUUAAUACUCAAUGCCCGAAACUUAUCAGUUCCUACGACUAGAGUGAAAUUUAAUACACCAAUAAUUGACAAUGAGCUUCAACUUCUUAUACGUUUGAAGAACAUACGGAGACGUCAAUAUCAAAGAACUCGUGAUCCUGCUUUGAAAGUUAUUUUUAAAGAUUUACAAACGAAAAUAAAACAUAGAUUCACUUUCUUGCGACAUGAAAAUUUCAUGAGAGAAGUUAAACAACUAAAACCAUAUUCCAAAGCUUUCUGAAAGCUUUCGAAGGUUGUUAAGAAAAAUUCAAAAAUGUCCUCAAAAAUGGUGACCACAUUUUUCUUACGAAUGAACAAAAAGCUCAAAAACUUGCUCAGCGGUUCGAGUGUGUUCAUAAUUUCAAUUUGAACGUAAUGAGUCCUAUUGAAAAUGAAGUAUCACAAAAGUAUGAUCAGAUCACCACUAGGGUGGAACAAAAAACAAAUGUUAGCUCCCAUGCACUUUUCGUGUUCCUUAUGGGUCCCAUAACAUCUGGGUAACUUUUCAGAUCGAUCGGUGAAACGCCCGAUUUGCGCCCGAUUUUAAAGUUUCCAUACGAUUUUAUAUGAGAAAAUCCACUUUUUCAAAACUUAUUCUCUAUAAAUGUCCAGUUGGCUCCUAAAAAUAUAUGGAUACAUGAUAUUUGUAGGAAAUUUUCCUGGGAAAAACUCUUCUGAAGACUGUAAGGCGCUACGAUGCUUGUAGAAACAGCUAUUCACCCCAAACUGAUGUCUGGCGAACGUCUCACCAUUGAAAUUUUCCAGCAACACUGCUACAGCUUACUUAAGUAUGAGAAAUAAUUUCGCGUGGAAUUAAUUUUCAAAGUGUGAUUUUUGCUCAUAGUAUCUUCGGGGAAGCCUCCAAGAUAAAUUUAAGCGAUAUCAUUUCUCAUCACAUGGUUGAAUUUGCAACAGCAGCAUGCUGCAGCAGUAGUGCUAGUAAAAUUUAAUGGUGAGCCGUUCGUCAGAUAUUCAAUCAGUCUGGGGUUCACAAGCAAGGUAGCGCCUUGCGGUCUUCAGAAGAGUUUUUUCCAGGAAAAUUUCCUAUAAAUAUCAUGUAUUGAUAUGUUUUUAGGAGCCAACUGGACAUCUGUAUAGAAGAAGUUUUGAAAAAGUGGAUUUUCCCAUAUAAAAUCGUAUGAAAGCUUUAAAAAUCGGGCGCAAAUCGGGCGUUUCACCUAUCGAUCUGAAAAGUUACACAGUUGUUAUAGGACCCAUAAGGAACACGAAAAGUGCAUGGGAGCGAAAAAAUAACACCAUCGCUUUUUUCCCAUAUAACCGUGUCCCAGUUUAAUCACCACUCAAGAAUUUCUUUCUGAAGAAGUACUAGAAACAAACUUGAAUUAAAUACGAACUAUUAUCAAGAACUUUAAAAACAUGGAAGGAUCAGGAGAUGAUGGGAUUUCUUAUAUCCUCUUCAAAAGACUUCCCGAAAGCUUUUUAAAUUUCUUGGUGAGAAUUUUUAACAGAUGCUUUGAAUUAGCAUAUUUUCCCUCAAAAUGGAAAAAUGCUAAAGUCACUCAAUUUUGAAACCUGAAAAAUAUCCAGCUGAAGCAUCAAGUUAUCGUCCAAUUAGUUUACUCUCUUCUAUAAGCAAACUUUUUGAAAGAAUGAUUCUAUUAAGAUGAUUAAUGAUGACACAUAUCAAUGAAAAUUCAAUUUUUGCAAAUGAGCAGUUUGGAUUUCACCACGGGCAUUCGACUACUCAUCAGUUACUUAGAGUAACUAAUAUGAUUCGUACUAAUAAAUCUGAAGGUUAUUCCACUGGAGCUGCUCUUCUAGACAUAGAAAAAGCAUUCGACAGUAUUUGGCAUAAAGGUUUGAUAGUUAAAAUGUCCAAUUUCCGAUUUCCUCUUUACAUCACAAAAAUGAUACGAAGUUACUUGACUGACCGCACUCUUCAGGUUAACUAUUCGAAUAGUAAAUUUGAUAGAUUGCCGGUUAGAGCUGAUGUACCUCAAGGGAGUAUCUUGGGCCCAGUCUUUUAUAAUAUUUUUACUUCUGAUCUUCCUGAUUUACCACCAGGAUGUGAGAAAUCUCUGUUCUGUGACGAUACAAGCAUUUCCGUAAAAGGAAAAAGCCUUCGUGCCAUAUGCAGUAGGCUGCAGAAAAGUCUAGAUAUAUUUUCUUCAUGUUUGCAGAAAUGGAAGAUUUCUCCUAAUGCACCAAAAUCACAAUUAAUUAUUUUCCCCCAUAAACCAAGAGUUUCUUUUCUCAAACUCAUCACUGUUAAGAUGAAAGGUGCAAUCUUAAAUUGGUCUGACCAAGUUAAAUAUUUAGGGCUAAUUUAUGAUAAAAAUCUCACCUUCAAGGAGCACAUUGAGAAUAUCCAAACAAAGUGCAAUAAAUAUAUAAAAUGUUUGUAUCCUCUUAUCAACAGAAAUUCUAGACUUUGUCUCAAGAAUAAACUGUUAAUUUACAAACAAAUAUUUGGACCAGCAAUGUUAUAUGCAGUCCCCAUCUGGACAAGUUGUUGGACAACCAGAAGACACUUCAACUUCUGAAAAUGAUAUUGAAGCAUCUUCGCUGGUUUAGCACGAAUGAACUACACAGGCUUACUAAUGUGGAAACAUUAGAAAAUAUGUCAAACCAAAUUAUCAAUUAGUUCCGACAAAAAUCGUUGCAAUACUCAAUUACAACGAUUAGCUUACUUUAUAGUCAGUAAGAUAGGUGUAAGAUUAGAUUAAGGCUUAAUUUUAAAUUCCUUUUUUUUUCCUUGACAAGUAGGUUUACAAUUUUCCUACAGUUAUAUAUACUUAACUGCGGAAGCAAUUAUAAUCUUUUAAUGAAAUAAAGUUUAAAAUAUAUGUAAUAGUGUUGAUAUGUCACCGUUUGUGGCAGAACACACAAUAAAAAUUCUGAAUAAAUAUAAAAAAAAAAAUCAAGAAAAACCUCCUCCGACUGAUGAGAAUACUCCCUAAAUGAAAAUAUUCCGAUCAACCACUUUUAAUGCUCUUUUAUGAACCCAUAACAACUGAAAUCAACCGAUAUUGAUUCAAUACUAAUCGAUAGCGAUCGGGAUCACGUUAUAGCGGAUAGGCACGUUCAUUCGAACAGUUGUGUAGCAUAGGAAAUCAAAUGUUAAAUUUGCCUUGAAUUUCUAGUUUUUUUUCAGUCUCAUGUGAAUGCACUGAUGUGACAACCCAAUUUAUUCUCUCUCUGCGCUUGAGAUGCAUGCUGCGCUAUUGUACUUUGCGCAACCAAAACAAACAACUUUAAAUCAUUUCACACUUUUCAAUAAAUAUAUAUAAACGUAUUAGGUUUAGAUGGUGUAGUGAGACGUGAAGCAGGUAAUUCAUUCCAGAGAUUUAAACCAAAUUAAUUUUUGGUGCAGCUCAGGUAAAAAUGUUCCAAUAUCAUCUCAGAGAGAAAUCUGUCUAUAUAAAAGAUACACGAAGCGAGAGAAUCUGUUCGUCGUAACAAAGUUGAUGGAAUGAGAUUUUGCUCUUGCAUAUUACACGCGGACGCGAUACUCUUCAUUCAAUCUUUCCUCACUUGUUGAUAAAGUGUGCGUUGAAGUGUGCGAAUUUUAUGCUUAACAGAGAACAGAAAGGGUAAAAACAAACUUGUUAGAGGGAGUCAUCGCUACACCCGAUUUACUGGGGUACAGCACUGUAUCUAAUCUGGUUUCGAGUUUUUGUGUCUCCAGCACAAGGUACAUCAGUCUCUCAGUGAAAGGAGGAUGGGAAACAGUAUAGUUCUGACAUAUACUGGAGAUCACCACUUCCCAAAAUGUCUCUAACGGGUACAUUUGCUUGUCUUCCUCGGGCCCGAAGGGAAUCUAUUAGCUUGGACCUAACAUCAGAGUAUUCGGCGCACGACCAAACAACGUGCUCGAUGUCGUGGUAGCCAUCGCCACAAACGCAGUGAUUACUUUCCACAAGCCUUAUGCG